UAAUUCAAUCCUAACACCGUCUCUAAUGGUUCGCGGGACUAAGAGUUUCUAGGUUUUGAUUCACUACUUUAGGUACCUGUUACAUAAGAUCAAGCAAGACGAGAUGUAUUAGUCUGGUAAGCUGGACUAACACUGCGCUACAUUUGUGACGUAGGAUACCGAAUCAACACAUCAUGGUGAAGCGGAAUAUACAAAAACGCCAAGAACAAAAUAAUAUCGAUGACCACAACAUGGGGAUCGAUGACGGCUUGGAAAUAGCAAUGCUCAUAGAGGGUAAACUAGUCUUCUCUACGAGACUGGCUGAUAUCGUUUAGAAAGGCGGUCGACCAGGCGUAAUCUAUCGUGAUUUGUAAGUACUCCUAUAAAAAAUUGUUUAUAAGGUAUUCAAAUGCAGGCUUCCUUAUACAUGUUCGGUGGUGUACUCUCCCGAGCCUCUCCGGCCCGUCCCGUCGUGUAUCGUUUGAGCUACUCUUUGAUCCAUUCACUGAGAACUGCCUCGAGUUUAGCAACAUUUUCGACGUGGGCUACUCGACAAGCUACGUCGAGACAGGGAACACUGUUAGAAGGUAUGAAGUCCAUCAAGAAUACCAUCGGAGAAAACUUCGGUGGCAAGGCUCAUGAUAUUACAACCCACCCAUUCAGUUUGGACCAAGUUCCUGACCUGACGGGAAAGGUAGCCGUAAUUACAGGCGGGAGCGAAGGUAUCGGCUAUGGCUGUACUUAUACACUACUAAAGCACAACGUUGCUAAAGUUUAUAUCCUUUCCAUAUUUGAAGAUGUUGUGGAGGGCGCUAAGGAAGCCAUCGCAAAAGAUAUGGGCCAAGAGGUAGCGGAUAGAACUAAGUGGAUGCAGUGCGACUUAUCAGAUUGGGAGAGAGUAAAAGAGAUGGCCGAAGAGAUCGCGAAGGAUAGCGACAGACUGGAUAUCCUGAUAAAUAACGCAGGACGGGGGAUUAUGACCUACCAGCUCACAGACUAUGGCGUCGAUAGACACAUGGCCGUUAAUCAUAUUGGCCAUGUGAUCCUCACAUCUCGCUUACUUCCAUUAAUGAAGCAGACCGCAGAGAAAGGUAAUAUUGUUCGCAUAUCCAACCAGGCGAGUAACAUGCACCAAUCAACGCCCAGCGACACAGAAUUUGAGAGCCUAGAGGAGUUGAACCGUGACCUUGGUCCUAAUGCACAAUACGGACGUAGCAAACUUGCGGCUAUCCUAUACGCUAGAUAUUUUGCUCGGAAGGUGACGAACGCGGGUCAUCCCAACAUACUCAUGAAUGCGACCCAUCCGGGAUUCGUGAGUACAAAGAUGAGCAAAGAAGACAUUUUUGAACCUUUCCCGCUGGGCGCGAUGGCCGUCGGCCUCGAGCCUUUUAAAAAGGAUCAAUUCCAAGGAGCCGUAUCAACUAUGUUUGCCGCGACAUACACAGGGGACUCGGGCCAAUACAUUUGCCCGCCAGCUGUGCCGGAGCCGGGAAGUAAGCUGGCGCAGGACGAUGCACUCGGGGAUAGGUUAAUGGAAUUGACCUGGAAAGUGGUGAUGGAUAAGAUGAAAAGCCAGGUUGUUGAACGGGACUGCCCUCUUGAUGACCUCGUUAUGACUUAGACAGGUAGUUUAGGUACCUAACGAGGUAGCCAGAUAAUCUAUAUCAUACGACCAUGAAGUAUUUCUAAGCUGCCCUGUCGAAUAAUUCGAUCGAAUAAUGCAAGUGCUGAACUGGAUCAUACAUAUGGGGGAUGUUAAGG